GGCGCGGGUUGCUAGUUUGCUGCUUUGCUUGGCGAUUAUCGUGCUUUAAAACCCUGCCGAGCCAUGACUUUCCUGCUGGGACUCCUUGAAACUUGGCUGGCUUUUCAGUAGACGCUAGGGCUGCGUUGUGGAGGCAGCCGAAGUCCCGCGCGGAGAAGGUGCCUGUGAGGGGCGUACCCCUUUGCCAUGAAGAAGAUUUUUGGCUUCAGAAGUAAGGGCCCGUCGCCGUUGGGCCCCCCUGCUCGCCCGCGGAACAACUCCGUGGGCUUUGGGCGUGAGAGUGCUCGUGGCGCCCACAUGCCCAGGUACCACAUUCACGACAAGGAUAUGGGCAAGAUCCACAAGGCUGCAAGCGUGGGUGAUGUAGCCAAAGUACAGCAUAUCCUUAUCCUUGGGAAAAGUGGCGUGAACGAUAGAGACAAGAAGGACAGAACGGCGCUACAUCUUGCCUGUGCUUACGGCCAUCCAGAAGUGGUGACUCUCUUAGUAGAGAGGAAAUGUGAGAUUGACGCCUGUGACGGCGAGAGCAGCACGGCGCUCAUUAAGGCCGUACAGUGCCAAGAAGAAGAAUGUGCCACUAUCCUGCUGGAGCACGGUGCCAAUCCGGAUGUGAUGGAUGGCAGCGGCAACACGGCCCUCCACUAUGCCGUCCUCAGCGAGAACACAUCCAUAGUAGCCAAACUGCUUGCACACGAUGCAAAUAUGGAAGCCAAAAACAAGGAUGACCUCACACCUCUGUUACUUGCUGUAAAGGAAAAUAAACAGCAUAUUGUGGAAUUUUUAGUAAAGAAAAAAACCAGUUGUCAUGCAGUUGAUCAGCUGGGAAGCAACAGACAAAUAUUUGAAUAUGAUGGGAAGAGACAAAAAAAUUCUGAAAAUAGCAAUCCAGUGGAUAAUGGUUCUGAAGAUGAAUCUUUAAGCAGGUCUUCUCACAUACCCGAUCCUGCUGAUUCCUGGCCUUCAUCAGAUGAGGAUGACUACAGUUUGGAUAACAAGAAUGUUCCCAAAAUUAACUUAACAGAACUAUGGGCAGCUGCUCAGCAGUCCAAGAAAAACCAAACCAAAUGUGGCGUUGAGAACCUAGGAAAUAGUACCCUGUUUGACAAUAGUAAUUCCAACAGUGAAGAUGAAGAUGCAGUUGAAAUUGGUCCUGGGACAUCAGCCAGAGUCCGGACCUCUUCUCUGUCCUGUCCUUCACCUGACCCAGUGGAAGGAGCAACUGAGCCUGCAAUUGGAAGAGAAGAAAAUGGUACUGAUAUUGUUGAAAGUGCUUCACACGAAAACAGUGCUGAUAUUGUUGAAAGGGCUUCACACAAGAACAGUGCUGAUAUUGUUGAAAGGGCUUCACGAGAACAACCAAACCAUAGCAAUUUGGCCUAUGCCAGUGGUUGGCACAAAAGUAAUAAAAGUGAAAUGAUGUCUGCAUUAGGAUUAGGAGAAGAUGAAGAUGAAGAGUCACCUUGGGAUUCUGAGAGUAUCUCUGACAGUGUUUCACUGAAAGGUGUAGGUCGUUUCUAUGGUGCUGCAGAUCAGACAGGAGAGACAAGAGUACACGGACAGGUAGAAGAUGUGACUUAUAUACCUUCUUGCAUGAGUGGAUCAAGAAACUUUAAGAUGGCUAAACUAGAGGAAUCAAGAAAUGUAGGCAUUCCAGUAGCCCACAAGGAGACCCUCAGGAAGUAUCCAGUCAUAGAGCCUACCAUCAAAAAGCCGGAUCCUGUUCUGAACAAAACAGCAGGAAUGAAGGAUGUACAAAUGCUCAAAUCAGAACCAGACUUAGAAGAGCAGAAAAGGCCCAGUGGCGGUGAAGGCGGCCAGCGGAAGGCUGAAGAAAAAAAAAAGUACAAAGAUAACGAAGCAAAAUUAUCAGGAAAUGUAUACAGCGGUGCUGCUGACAGUGUUGAGAAUGGAGUAAAUCAGCAGAGUGGAAAAACUGAUGAGCAACAGCUUUCUGUGAAGGGAAAUAAAGAACAUGAGAGAGGUCCUCCCUUGCUUAUGAAGGAAAUGAAGAAAAAGGAAAAUGAAAAGUGGGUAUCCAGAGAAUCUGUCACGAUGCCAGUGACUGAGAAGGCUGGCUCACCACCCGGUGGCUCACUACACCUGCAGGAUGGCUCCAGUCUAAGUGACACAGACCAAAGUGAGACGAGGCCCACAAAGAAAACAUCUAUUAAAAAUAACAAGAUCAGAAACCAAGUAGCUGCUAUGGACGACCUCGAUGACUUAAACGAGUCAUCUGAAACAGCCUCCGAGGACUACCAGCUCCAGUGCCCUGAUUAUGAGAGCGUUUUGUGUGAACUCGAGCAUCUCAGGGUGGAGUGUAGAGAUAUUGUUGGUCUUCUGAAAAUCCGGGACGCAGUUUAUUCCUAUAAAAGAUUAAUAGAAUUUAAAAGAAGCCAUUGUGAACUACUUACAGGAAAACUUAAAAGAAUGGAAAAUAAGUUUAAGGAAUUGCAGAAGGAAGUAUCAGAAACUAAAGAAGUAAGAUCACUGCUGGAGCAUGAAAAGGCGGAGUGGGCACAGGAGCUCUCCAGUCUGAGAUUUGCACUGAAACAAGAGGAAGAGAAGCGGAGAAGUGCAGAUCUGCUUUCUGAGAAAACUAUGGAGCAGCUUAGGAGAAAAGAGGAGCAGUAUCAGAGCGAGGUUGAAGGGAAGCAGCAGCUUGAAGUCUCUCUCAGAACACUGGAUAUGGAGCUGAAGACAGUAAGAAGUCAUUUGAACCAGGUUCUAGAGGAGCGGAAUGAGAUUCAGAGGCAGCUUUCCCAAGAACAGAAUGCCAGGAUGUUACAAGAUGGGAUUCUUGCAAAUCACCUUUGCAAGCAAAAGGAGAUCGAAAUGGCGCAGAAGAGAAUGACUUCUGAGGUUUCUGUCAGUCAUGAAAAAGAAAAAGAUCUGUUGCAUAAGAACCAGAGGUUGCAGGAUGAAAUUGCCAUGCUAAGACUGGAGAUGGACACAGUAAAAAGCCAUAACCAGGAAAAGGAAAAGAAGUAUCUUGAGGAUAUUAAGACUGCAAAUGAAAAGAGUGAUAAGCUUCAAAGAACGAUAAAGCUGAAUGAAGAAACAUUCACAAAAACAAUAUUCCAGUAUAACGGGCAACUUAAUAAUCUUACGGCUGAGAAUACAAUGCUGAGUUCUAAGCUGGAGAGUGAAAAACAAAAUAAAGAAAGACUGGAAACGGACGUCGAAUCAUUCCGCUCUAGACUGGCUUCUGCCAUGCACGACCACGCUGAAAUUCAGGCCUCAAAAAGAGACCUAGAAGUUGCUUUCCAGAGGGCAAGAGAUGAGUGGCUUCGUUUGCAAGACAAGAUGAACUUUGAUCUGUCUAACCUCAGAGAUAACAAUGAGAUUCUCUCCCAACAGCUUUCUAAAACUGAGAAAAAACUGAAUAGCCUAGAAAUUGAGUUUCAUCAUACAAAAGAUGCGCUUAGAGAAAAGACUUUGGCUUUGAAGCAUGUACAAAGAGACCUCAACCAGACACAGUGCCAGAUGAAGGAGGUUGAGCAUCUGUAUCAAGAUGAGCAAGGGAAGGUGAACAAAUACAUGGGAAAGCAAGAAUCCAUAGAGGAGCGGCUGUCUCAGCUGCAGAGCGAGAACAUGCUGCUCCGACAGCAGCUGGACGAUGCUUCCAACAAAGCCGACAGCAAAGACAAGACCAUAGUUAAUAUCCAAGACCAGUUCCAUGAUAUGCUAGGCAGACUCCAAGCGGAGGGCCAGAAGCACAGGCUGAUGCUGGAAGACAGAAACAAGGAGUUAGUCAGCGAGUGCAGUCACUUCAAAGAGAGACUGUGCCAGUAUGAAAAUGAGAAAGCGGAAAGGGAAGUGGUGGUGAGGCAGCUCCAGCAGGAACUGGCUGAUACCCUCAAAAAGCAGUCGAUGUCAGAGGCUUCCCUCGAGGUCUCCUCACGCUACCGCAGUAAUUUAGAAGACGAGGCACGAGAUUUAAAGAAGAAAUUAGGUCAGCUCAGAAGUCAGUUGCAAGAAGCACAGGAUCAACACAGAGAGGCUGUACAGCAUGCUGAGAAGAUGCAAGACCACCUACAAAAGCUUGAACUUGAAAACUCCAACUUUAAAAUUACAAUAAAAAACCAGUCAGAGAAAAUUGAGCAACUUCAGGAAAACCUGUCAAGUGUGAAUUUGUCUGAAGAGGACAAAGAAAAACUGAAGAAACUUGCUGAGGUGAAGGAAUCUCUGGAGUGUACUUUGGAGCAGGAACAGAAGAGAAACUAUGCAUUAGAGGAAGAACUGAGAGAAUUUAAGGAACUCUUAAAAAAGACUAAAAGAGAAUUAAGUGAACAUGAAAACAGAGAACUUAAUCUCCAUCAAGAUAUAAAAAACAGUCAAUUUGAAGUGGAUAUCCCAGUUAAUAUGCUAAUAAAAAAGAUUGAUGAUCUUACAUCAAAACUGGAAACCGCAUCUUCAAAAUGUCUACAUCUGGGUAAAAAAAAUCAGGUUCUUCAGCAGGAGUUACUAUUGAUGAAAACUAUACAGAAGAAGUGUCUGAAACUAGAGAAGAACAAAAGGAAAUUGGAGCAAGAAGUAGAAAGCCUCAGAAGUCAUAUGGAGAAGAACAUGGUGGAGCGCAGUCAGGUGCAGCAGUAUAGGCGGGAGGUCGAAGAGCAAGCGAGGCAGGACUUGGUGGAAAAGUUAAAACAGGUCAACCUCUUCUUGCAGGCACAGGCAGCAUCUCAGGAAAACCUGGAGCAGUUGAGAGAGAGCAGUAACGCUUCAGUGCGGAGUCAGAUGGAGCUCCGCAUUAAAGACCUAGAAUCCCAGCUCUCCAGGAUGAAAAGUCAGGAAGACUUCGAUAAAAUAGAACUAGAAAAAUACAAGCAGCUCUACCAAGAAGAACUCCGAGUUAGAAAAUCGUUGUCAAGUAAACUGAACAAGACUAAUGAGAGGCUGGAGGAGACCAGCACUAAACUGCUCCUGGAGGAACAGCAGAGCAGAUCACUGCUGAGCUCUCUUAGUACAAGGCCUGUUGUAGAGUGUCCUUGCGUUGGAGGUCUUCAUAAUAGUUUGGUAUUCAACAGAACUCUUAUUCCAAGAGAAAACAUAGUGAUUCCUACCUCAAGCCUACAGCCAUCAAAUAAAAGAAUGGAAAUCUACCUGACCAAGAUGCACCAGGAGUUGGAAAAAAGUAUAAAUAGAGAACUUAAAGAAGCUGCUGCCGAGCUUGAAUCUGAGUUCUGCAGAGUUUCUCCCCUGGGAUCUGCUACUAAACCAGGUCAAGAUCUACUCUCAGAAGCAUCGCAAGAAUAUAUAGACAUUUUAAAGAAAAAAUACACAAUCUGCUGAAUUUUAAAAAAAGAAGAAAGAAAAGGUAUGGCAAUAGAAGUGGGACUGUUUGAAAGAAGGACCAGAGGAAGAGAGGACCAGAGAAGAUAAAGGGGCAUGCACUGUGUGUAUCUCAAAUGUGAAGUGGGUGUGAGGGCACACAGCUUCAACCCCAGCACUUGAGAAGCAGAGGAAGAGAGGACCGGAGAAGAUAAAGGGGCAUGCACUGUGUGUGUGUUAAUGUGAAGUGGGUGUGAGGGCACACAGCUUCAACCCCAGCACUUGAGAAGCAGAGGCAGGCAGGUCUCCCGAGUUCAAGAGCCACCAGGGCUACAAGUCUCACACAGAGAAAGAAAGUCGUAAUGAAACCUACAAUUUUGUACAAAUAAUAUAUAUUAUUACAUAUGGUCUAAAAUAUAAUAUAUUUAUUAGACUUUAUAUAUUUUAAUUGUCCUAUUAAAUGUAUGACUUAAAAACAGAAGUGAAGAAAACUUUUUUGUCAUGUGUAUUAGAAAAUUAAUAUGUUUACAUGGGGUUUUUUGGUGGUUUAAGCCGAUUUUGCAAGUAUUAUUAAACCAGUAUUACCAAGUUUUACAUACAAAAACACCUAAAAGCCUGUUUCUCAUUAAGUACUUUGGUGGGAUGAAAUACCGUCUUUGUGUUGAUACUUUUCUGGUUUUACCACUUCGGUCUGCCGCUGCUGUCACCAUUGUUAACGUUUUAAUGUCUUACAGCCGCGGUAUCACCGUCAAACCUGGCUUCAAUUUUAAGCCCUGAUUUGUAGUUCUUGAUCCUUCCCUCCUGUUCUGUUCGUUCAUUGCUUGCUCGUCUUUGAUGGUCUCCUAAGCAGUCUUAAAAUUAGGCAAAAGUUCAAAGAAUUGUGCCCACCCCACUCGACCGUUUGAAAGAGCCUUGACUAUUUUAGUAUUUUUGUAAUUAACAGCACCUGAAUAACUGUGGUGUCACUUUUGUAAUGAGCCUGCUGACACUAAUACACCUGCCAUUUAAUACACCUCAGAUUCUUUUCCAGUUUGACGUCUUGACUACAGUGUCCUUUAACAAAAACUGCUAGCACCCUUCAGACUCCUGGAUUCCAGUUACUCACAUUUCCUAGACUCCUUCAGUCUGGAACAUUGCCCAGUCUUUCCUUGCUUUUCAUGACCGUAAAUCUUCAUGGCAGAAUUCAUGUAAUGCCCUUGAAUUGAAUUUUCUGUUUCAUUAUGAUUAAGUCAUGCAUUUCUUGGCAAGAGUAUUACAGAUGAAGUUUUUCUCAUUUUAUCCUAUUAUGUCAUCUCUAAUUUAGACUUUCCCUAUAAUUAUGAUGUUGAUUUUGAUCACUAAAGCAAUUAUCUGCUGUGUUUUUCCCUAUAUUUACUUUUGUAAUAAUUGUUUUGUGGGGAGGUAAUUUGUGACUAUAAAUAUCUGUUUCUCAUCAAACUUAAAAUAUAUUCAGUUACUAGUAUCCAUGUGGAUUAAUGGUUCUUCAUUUUACUUAAUGAGUUAUAAAUGGUUGAUAACAUUUUUAAUUAUUUUUAUAUUUUGAUAAAUAAAAAUUUUGAGAAUUUC